ACAACGCGAGAGUGUCCUACGAGAUUUCAAUGGGCGCGAGAAGACCUGUCGCCGUUUCUCUUCCUCCUCUCGGUUUGUUUUCGAUCAUAAAUCCCGAUAGGAGAUCUUUCCCAUGUGCCAUGAUCACUGUCAUUUUGCAUGGACAACUUCGGGUGGACCUUCACAUUGCAUUACGCGUUGAUCAGACGGAACGAAAGCAACAGAUAUUGCUAUAUAAUUAAUAUUAACUCUGCCGUCUGAGAGAUCUUGUAAUCUGGACCGUGUGUCUGGCUGCGUUAUCGUGCAUAUUCAGGUGGUUGAAAUUUUCCUUUUGCUGAAACACUAGCGGCGGCGGCCUCUGCAUGUAGCCCGGGCUCAAUGGCGUCAGACACCAGCGACACAGAGGAGUUUUAUGAUGCAACGGAGGAUGUCAACUUCACUCCAACAUAUAAUACGUCACCUGCAACAUUCGAACUUCCUCAGCCUGGGGGUCUCGCAGAAAAUGUGGCACAGGAAGACGCUGCCAGAUUGGUUCAGCCAGAGCCCCGCCAUGAUGAUUCCCUUCAAAUUAUUGACAGUAUUAUAGAAGAGAGUCAGAAGAGUGAAGUCAAUGAUCAGUUGUUGAGAGAAGAAAAGAAAUCUGGAGCCUCAUCUGGAAAGGAGAAGAGCCUAAUAGCAGAAGACCACAGGGAUGAAGAAAGUCCGGUUCCUGAGGUUGCCACAAUACCUCCGGAGGAUACUGAUCUGAAACCACAUGAAGCUGGCUGCACUGAGCAGCUGCCUGAUGUAAGACCAGAGGAAGUGAAGUUGCAGGACAUUCAGGAAAGUGCACCAGAUGGGGCUUAUAUUGCCCAAGCAGGCCAGGACCAAGCUGUGCCACCCCCUCCUGAUAUUACAAGCACUUUGGGUCAGCUAUCACAACCUGCCUCCCUUCCCUGUGGUGAAACUCCUAAAACAGCUGACAUUUUAGAACAAGUUACUAUGGCUGAAUCAGAUGACGCUGGCCCUUCCAAACCUCCUAGACAUUUUACAGUGGAGCCUGACAUUGUGGCUAGUACCAAGAAGCAACCACCGUCAAGACCACCCUUGCCCAGCGGGGCACCACCUCCUAGGCCACCUCCCCCUACACGCCCCAACUUCCCACCUGGUAUAAAGUCCCAGGAAGUGAUGCGACCAGCAGGACUAGAAAUCUCUGUAGAGCCAGCAGAUGAGCCUUGUGGAUUGGUCAGCCCAAGCGCCUCAGUGCGAUGCAAUACUCAAGAACUCCAGCACUCACUGGACCUCGCUAGUGCCACUAGUGGCAAUAAAGUGGUUACUGCACAGGAAAAUGAUGAGCAAACAUCUAGUCCUAGUGGCAGUGAGACUCCUGGACCCCAGAGACCAAGGUCUUACUCGGGCAGAGAGCUUACUGAUGAGGAGAUUCUUGCGAGUGUGAUGAUCAAGAAUCUAGACACUGGCGAGGAGAUCCCAUUGAUCCAAGCAGAAGAGAAACUACCCAAUGGAAUCAACCCACUCACACUACACAUCAUGAGGAGAACCAAGGAGUAUAUCUCAAAUGAUGCAGUACAGUCAGAUGAUGAUGAUAAGUCCCAGCCUGCACUUACAGACACCGAUGGAGGGAAACUCAAACAGAGAACUACACAGUUCAAGAAGUUUCUGGGUAAAUCUGUGAAGAGGGCGAAGCACCUGGCAGAGGAAUAUGGAGAGAAAGCUGUAAAUAAAGUCAAGAGCGUUCGGGACGAGGUGUUCCACACAGACCAGGAUGACCCAUCGUCCAGUGAUGAUGAGGGGAUGCCGUACACCAGACCAGUCAAGUUUAAAGCAGCUCACAGCUUCAAAGGGCCAUUUGACUUUGACCAGAUCAAAGUGGUGCAGGACCUCAGUGGAGAACACAAUGGUGCCGUCUGGACAAUGAAAUUUUCUCAUUGUGGGAGACUGCUCGCUACAGCAGGGCAGGACAAUUUGGUUCGGAUCUGGGUCCUAAAAAAUGCCUUUGACUAUUUCAACAACAUGAGAAUAAAAUACAAUACAGAAGGACGUGUAUCCCCAUCACCUUCUCAGGAGAGCCUGUGUUCCUCUAAAUCAGAUACAGAGGGAGGGUUUGGUGCGGCAGUGGAAGACACAGACACUGAGGACAGAAAUGUGCCAUUCCGACAGGUUCCAUUCUGCAAGUACAAGGGUCAUACUGCUGACCUGUUAGAUCUUUCCUGGUCGAAGAACUACUUCCUCCUGUCAUCGUCUAUGGAUAAGACGGUUCGUUUGUGGCACAUCUCCAGGAGAGAGUGUCUCUGCUGUUUUCAACAUAUCGACUUUGUUACAGCCAUUGCAUUUCAUCCCAGGGAUGACAGGUAUUUUUUGAGCGGCUCUUUGGACGGAAAGUUGCGAUUAUGGAAUAUUCCUGAUAAAAAGGUGGCACUGUGGAAUGAGGUAGACGGACAGACACGUCUGAUUACAGCAGCGAACUUCUGCCAGAAUGGAAAAUACGCAGUUAUCGGCACCUACGAUGGACGCUGCAUUUUUUAUGACACAGAGCGUCUCAAGUAUCACACUCAAAUCCAUGUUCGCUCCACGAGAGGCAGGAAUCGUGUGGGACGCAAAAUCACUGGUAUCGAGCCACUGCCAGGAGAGAACAAGAUCUUGGUGACGUCAAAUGACUCUCGUAUACGCUUGUAUGACCUGAGAGAUUUGUCUCUUUCUAUGAAGUAUAAAGGCUGUGUGAACAGCAGCAGUCAGAUUAAAGCCAGCUUCAGCCAUGACUACUCUUUUAUUGUGAGUGGCUCAGAGGACAAGUAUGUGUACAUCUGGAGCACAUACCACGACCUCAGCAAGUUUACUUCUGUACGGCGAGACCGGAAUGACUUCUGGGAAGGGAUCAAAGCCCAUAAUGCUGUGGUGACUUCAGCCAUUUUUGCUCCUCAUCCGGAUCUUAUUGUGCCUCAGGAGCCAGGGGCAGAGAAGCCUGACUCAGAGUCUAAGAGUGACAGCACGGAUGAUUCCGAGACCAUCCCAUCAGGGGCACUGAAAACAGACCACUGUGAAGUUUUGCUGUCUGCUGAUUUCACUGGAGCCAUUAAAGUGUUUGUCAACAUUAAGAAAUACUGAGUUCUGAACACAACACCUAGUAAAAAAAUAUAUAUAUAUAUAUAUAUAUAUAUAUAUAUAU